GUAUUGUUGUGUAUAUGUUUUAGUGUUAAACACUAUAUACGGUAUAAAAUGAAGUUUUUUCCGACUCGGUUGCACAACAUCGUCGCGCAUGCGCAUUGAGUUAAAAACGCAAAAGCCCCAGUCAUGCUGGUCUGAGUUCCUGCAGUGCUGCAUCCUGUCCCAGGGACUCGGUAUAAACAGUGCAGCUUCCACAAUGACCGGUGCAGCUCACACUGCUCCUGUGCGACUCUUAGUCCUCGUCCUGUUGGCGUUCUGUGUGAGCUGCUCAGGAGGAAAGCGUGUGUUUAAAUGUCCUUCAGGAUGCACCUGUACCACGGAGACCAUCAUCUGCGUCGGAUCAUCCUUCAUCCCCAGGACAGUGCCAGCAGACAUCAGCUCUCUGAGUAUUGUUAAUGGCACUUUCCCAGAAAUCAGAGAAGCUACAUUUGCUCUGAUGCCAUCACUGCACUUGCUGCUCCUUAACUCCAACUCCAUCUCCUGCAUAAAGGACGACGCUUUCUCAGGGCUUCCUCGCCUCGAGUACCUAUUCAUCGAGGGGAACAAGAUAGACGAGAUCAGCAAACACGCCUUCAGAGGACUUCGAGACGUCACACACGUGUCUUUAGCGAACAACAAUAUGAAAAGUUUACCCAAAGGCCUGUUCUCUGACCUGAACUCUCUCAUCGAGCUAGAUUUGAGAGGAAACCGGUUUCAGUGUGACUGCCAGUCCAUGUGGCUGAUGUUGUGGCUGAAGAAGACGAAUGCGACGGUUUCAGAUGUUUACUGUGCAGAUCCGGAGGAGACGAAAGGCAUCUUACUGAAGGACUUCCCUGAGAAACACACCAAGUGUGUCUCCACUGAUUUCAUUCCUCAUCAGACCAUAAACACUCAGUCGAUGUCAGCGGACAUUUUCUCCUAUAAAGAGGACGUGUACGUGGCUCUGGCCGUGCCCAACUCGGACAGCUGUAUCAUCAUGGAGUGGGAUCACAUCGAAACCCACUUCAGGCCUUUCGAUAAUGUCACAGGACGGUCCGUGAUCGGUUGCAGGUCGGUGCUGAUUAACGAGCAGGCAUUCGUGAUCGUCGCUCAGCUCUUCGACGGUUCACGCAUCUAUAAAUUCGACCAGGAGCAGAACCAGUUCACCAAAUUCCAAACGGUAGAAAUGCUCAACGUGUCCAAGCCAAAUGACAUCGAGGUGUUCCGCCUGGGAGACGACUGGUUCUUCCUGAUCGUAGACAGCUCCAAAGCAGGCAUGUCCACCCUGUUCAAGUGGAACAACACCGGCUUCUUCCCGUACCAGUUUCUCCACGAGUGGUUCCGAGACACGGACGCGGAGUUCGUCGACCUGGACGGGAAAUCCGUUCUCAUCCUGACGAGCCGUUCUCAGGCUCCUGUAAUCUACCAGUGGAACAAGAGCACCCAGACUUUUGUCUUCUUUGAGGACAUACCAGACAUGAACGACAUGGUGAGCGUUAAGGCCUUCAGGAUCGACCGUGUCCUCUUUUUGGCUCUGGCCUGCUACAUCGGAGACUCGAAGGUUCUCAAGUGGACCGGGAAGCGGUUCGAGGAAGUUCAGGGCUUCCCGUCACGUGGUGCGAUGGUCCUCCAGCCGUUCAGCUUCAGAGAUCAGCACUAUCUGAUCCUGAGCAGUGAUUACUCCUUCUCUCAGAUCUUCAGAUGGGACAAGGACAAGCGUUUCUUCAUUAAAUUCAGGGAGGUGUACGUUCAGUGGCCUCGUUCUUUUACUCCGUUAUCGACGGGUCAGCGUGAUUUUCUCCUCGGCACCAGUUUUAAGGGUAAAACAAAAGUUUUCGAACACGUCUCAGUUGAUUACAGCUGAUGAGGUUAAGAGCAUGUAGUCUGACGUAGAGCUGGGCGAUAAUCAGCGUUUACUGACACCAACAUUUCAUCUGUUUUAUUGAAGUAAUUUAUUUAUUUUUUUAUAUUAUUAUUAUUAUUAUUAUUUAUAUACUCAGUAUCGUUUAUAGUUUCUCUGCAGCAUUGCUAAUAUUUCCCUUUCUUUGAGCACAGGUUUAAUCCGGAUCUCGACUAAUCAGGGCCUUGAGUCUUGAGGCAAAACAGAUCGGAGGUGAAGUGACUUCAGUUAAAUAAAUAUACACUGUGAGUCUGGUUUAGAAGUAAUCUUCUAGCCAUCGUUUUCCGCUUAAGGGAUCGUUUACAUCACUUUUUACAUAACGUUUGUUAUAACGGAGUUUAUUUUCAUGUGAAAAGGAAUUUUAAAGAAUUCUCCUUUACAGUUUCAGUCCUUCGAUGUGAGCCGAACUGAGGGUCGUUCAGGACGGAUGUCUUAAACACUUUUUCCCACAGAAAGUCGGCCCGGUCUCGGAUGCUUCCUCCGUUAGCUUUUGUUUGCGCAAACCCAAAUUAUAUUCCAAAUGAAUUCACUAUUUGUUUUCUACAGAGCCUCUGAGGUGAUCAGUGACCUCGAGAUACUCGAGAAGUCGUUGCCACAAAUUGUUUAAUCGGAGUCAGAAUAAAUCACGUGCGCUGAUACAGGUUUAUGUAGCAUGUAGCAUUACUCCAAGAUUAAAAGGAAAGUGACCUCAAAAGUUAUCUCAUGUAGAGGUCUUCACGGGUCCACUUAAAUCCCAAAACCCGAGCGGGUUCGGGUCUAAAAGUUUCACGUGUACCUCGGACACGGGUCAGGUGUAAUAAUAGCAUCGUCAGGUCUCGGGUAAUUUAAAAUGAAUGUGUUUUUACCGAACGGACCCGAGAAGACACGAACUACUGUAUCUCGUGUGUGUGUGUGUGUGUGUGUGUGUGUGUGUGCAUCGACUCGAGUCCUUUUCCAACCUCUCCUCUGUUUGCCGAGACCGCUUGCGACAUCGUGGCUGGCGGUAAGUUAAUUUUCGUUAAAACAGACAUGUCAAUCAAUUUUGAAUCCACGCUGUAGCGGUCACACUAAUGUAACAUUCGGGUCCAGUCGGGUUAAAAGAAAAUUGCCGUCAGACUCGGGUCUAAUUUUUUCGGGUUUGUCUCGGGUCGGGUCUUUCUUAAAAAUAUAUAUAUAUAUACACGUUGGGUUCGGGUAAAAAGUGAUUUGGGUCACUUCGGGUCGGGUACAUUUCUUUAGACCCGAGAAGACCUCUACUCUCAUGGCCACACUUGUUUAAAACAAACACUCCUGUGUCACCUCAGUGGCUCCUACAAAUAUAACCACACGAGUAAAUGAAACCACAGCGACUGCGAUGUUGACCAAACAAACGCACUACAUGUGUUCAAUACCCCAACAUGGCAGUUUGCUCAGGUUCCCGUCACCUUUCUGUCACGUCCUGAUGGAUUAAUGACGAACGAUUGUACCUUAAAACCCCAGUUUAAUAUUUUGUCAGUGUGCAUUAGCGAGAAAAAAAAGCCAAAUUUCCAAAGAAAAAAAAAGUUAUUGUCUUUGGCAAUAAUUUCUGUUCUUGUCGCCCAGCUCUACUCUUGUGAAAUUAUGACAAGACUAAAUACAUUUGAAUCGUUCCCUGAUGAAGAUAUACAGAUAAUAAUCCUGUCUUGGGCUGUGCAAUCAGUAAAAUAAUAUAAUAAUAAUAACAAUAAUAAUAAUAAUAAUGUGGCCUUUCUGUCUUGCCUGGAAGAGGCUUCAACAUGGUGCAUGUCUAUAUUUCCCAGAAUGCAAUGAUUUUACAUUUACUGUUAUAUUAAUUCAAUUAAAGCGAUGCGGAUUAUUCGUAGGAUCGACGUUUUUAUCCGACCUCCGUGGCGUCUGGGGAAUCCGAGUUUUUCUGCUUAUCGUCUCUGAGCUCGAAGGCUUUUCACAUUAUGUGUGUUUUUUUUUUCCAGACUGUUACGUGCUGAGAGGAGCAAUAAUGUUUCGCUGAAUUAAUGCUAUGCAAGUAGAUGUAGAAACGCUGACCAAAGAUAGUCUUAAGAUCGAGCGCUAGCAAUACGUCCUGUAGAGAAUGUGCACCUUAUCGAUUAACGCUGCAUCCCCUUUACAGCUUCCGUAAAAGGAGCCUUGUGCAUUAUCUGUGUAUGUCUAACAAGAAGAAAAUAAAGACUGUUGUGUAUCUUU